AUGGCGGAUUUUGAAGAAAAACCUCUGGCCCCGGAGGCUCAUCGGAUCACAAUGCACCACGACGACAGGAAGCACUACCGCAGCUCAUGCAUCAAAUGUUGCGGAUGUACCAUGGUGAUAUUCGGGAUCGUAGGGAUCACAAUGCUGGUACUAAUGCUAACUGUUUUCAAGGCUAAAGAUCCGACAAUGCACCUGAACUACGUGACAAUCAAAGGCCUAGAGAGCGCGAAUCUUUUCAGUCUUCUGCCUAGCACGAACCUGACAGUCGAAGCUGACAUAUCGAUCAAGAACCCGAAUGCAGCUGCUUUCAAGUUCAAGAAUGCUGUGACAGGUAUUUACUAUGAAAAUGUGCUCAUUGCGGAGGCUAAAACUCCCAAGGGCACUGCAAAAGCUUACAGAACAUUUCGGCUGACAAUCACUGUCGAUGUUAUGCUUCAAACACUUCUGAGGGUUCCGCGAUUUUUAGGCGAUCUGACAGCUGGAGAAAUGCCAAUGAGCACCAGGAGCAGCAUUAGAGGCAAAGUGGAGAUAAUCAAGAUUAUUAAGAAGAAUGUUGGAGUGAAAAUGGAUUGCUCGUUGACAGUGAUUCUGGCAAGCGAGAAUUAUAAAGAUCUGAACUGCAAACGAUCUGUUUCGAUUUGA